AUGUCUUUCUCUUCGACGUCAAGUCGGACUUCCACUUCCACAACACCACCAAUGCACUCACCCGCGACACAACCAAUGAGCAUCUCAUCGACGUGCUCGUCUCCGCGAAGCAGCUUCAGUUCUUCACGAACGUCGAAUCCAUACUCAUCAGUUGCGUACCCAAGCUGGUCGCAAGGAUCAGCACUGCGAAAGGCAACAUCUGGCACUGCCAGCUCGUACGUGAGCGACGAGGACCUCUAUGGCGACGAUGGCGAACAUUACUUGAGCGAGCCACCGCCACCACCACGAUCUGCCGAGCGCUGGAUGGCUCAGCCACUGUUGCCACCGUGCUAUGCCAAGCCACGUCAGUCGAGCAGCGGUGCCAGCACAUCGUCCAAGAAGAAGCGGCGGAGUGGUUCCCAGAAGCCAAAGGAGUGA